ACCUGUACCAUUCCCCCUUCUUCCCAACGCCCCCAAUUGGAAAACCCUAUUUUCUUGUUCCUCAAGACAUGGUUCCUGCAUUUUAAAUUCCUCUACUUACACACUCUAGCAAAUAAGAGCCGUAUCGUCGUCUGCUCAAUCAUUUUGAUUCGAUUGAACUGAGUUUAGAAAAUGGCCAAGAAUUGUGCAUCCGGGAUUUUGGCGUAUGUAGCUUAUGCAGCUCUCGGCGUUGAUCAUGCUCACGCGGAUGGGCCCUUUAAUUUUUCUCCGUUCACUAAUUCGCCUCCGGCGGCGUCACGGGAUCCGCCGCCGGCUCCUGAGCCUUCUAAGCCUCCUCCAUCCCAGCCGGCGGAGCCAGAGGCGCCGCGGGUUCGUAAUGAUAACCCCAGGACAACCUCUGCUGGUUUCGACCCCGAGGCAUUAGAGAGGGGAGCCAAGGCGUUGAGAGAGAUUAAUAGCUCUUCACAUGCUAAGAAGGUGUUUGAGGUGAUGAAAAAACAAGAAGAGACGAGGCAGCAAGAGUUAGCUGCAAAAGCGACAGAGUUCAAGGCAUUGCAAGCUCAAGCUGAAACUGAGAGACAAAGGGUGAUAUAUGAUGAACAGAAGAAGUUAGCUCAGCAACAGGCACAAAUAAAGUCACAGAUGGCUCGGUAUGAAGAUGAAUUGGCGAGAAAAAGGAUGCAGGUAGAAAAUGAGCACCAUCGAGCAAGAAAUCAAGAGCUUGUCAAGAUGCAAGAGGAAUCAGCUAUGAGGCAGGAGGCUGCAAGGAGAGCAACUGAAGAGCAAAUUCAAGCACAGCGUCGCCAAACUGAAAGAGAGAAAGCAGAGAUAGAACGAGAAACUAUUAGGGUGAGAGCUAUGGCUGAAGCAGAGGGAAGAGCCCAUGAAGCUAAGCUUGCUGAGGAUGUUAAUAAACGGAUGCUAGUAGAACGUGCUAAUGCAGAGCGAGAGAAAUGGGUUGCUGCAAUUAAUACAACGUUUGAACACAUUGGAGGUGGCCUGCGAGCAAUUUUAACAGAUCAAAAUAAGUUGGUUGUAGCUGUGGGGGGUGUAACUGCCCUUGCUGCAGGAGUUUACACUACAAGAGAAGGAGCUCGUGUGAUUUGGAGUUAUGUUGAUCGAAUAUUAGGACAACCGUCUCUGAUCAGAGAAUCUUCCCGAGGAAAAUACCCAUGGUCUGGACUUUUUUCACGUGCCAAGAGUUGGAGGACAGCUAAAGGAGGUUCUAGCUCCCAAAAUACGAAUGAAUUUGGAGAUGUUAUUUUACACCCUUCUCUUCAGAAGCGAAUUAUGCAGUUGGCCAAUGCAACAGCUAAUACAAAAGCUCAUCAAGCGCCCUUUAGGAACAUGCUCUUCUAUGGACCUCCUGGAACUGGAAAGACUAUGGCUGCUCGAGAGCUUGCCCAAAAAUCUGGUCUUGACUAUGCUCUAAUGACUGGAGGAGAUGUUGCGCCACUCGGUUCUCAGGCUGUCACGAAGAUACACCAAUUGUUUGAUUGGGCUAAGAAGUCCAACAAGGGUCUGUUACUUUUCAUUGAUGAAGCAGAUGCAUUCUUAUGCGAGCGGAACAAAACUUAUAUGAGUGAAGCUCAAAGGAGUGCACUGAAUGCACUUCUAUUUCGCACUGGCGACCAAUCCAAGGAUAUAGUCCUUGCUCUUGCCACAAACAGACCUGGUGAUCUUGAUUCGGCUGUGGCGGAUCGUAUUGAUGAGGUUCUUGAGUUUCCUCUUCCUGGUGAAGAAGAGCGCCUCAAGCUACUAAAACUUUAUCUCGACAAGUAUAUAGCACAAGCUGGGGCUCGAAAGCCAGGAUUGUUUUCUAAUUUGUUUCAAAAGCAGCAGAAGAAGAUCGAGAUCAAGGGCCUGAAUGAUGAUAUUCUUAAGGAAGCUGCAGCAAAGACAGAAGGAUUCUCCGGGAGAGAGAUAGCAAAACUAAUGGCUAGUGUUCAAGCAGCAGUAUACGGCAGCGAGGACUGUGUGUUGGACCCGAAUCUCUUCCGAGAAGUGGUGGAUUAUAAAGUGGCUGAGCAUCAGCAAAGGAAGAAGCUAGUGGCAACUGAAGGCUGAACAUUGAGAUCGAGACAAGAAAUUCACAUAUUUUUAAGGUUGUUUUCUGAUCCGCCCUUGUAAUUUAGGCGACAUCCUACAAAUCCAUUGAUAGUCGAUCUAAUUCUUUUCCCUCCUACGGGUCGAGGAGGAGGAGGAGGGAGUUUUGGUGACUUUAGCCUAGAAUUCAUGAUCAUGGUAAAUGAUUAGCAGCUGACUUACGACGAAAAUAAUGGCAUUUCAUUCUGUUUGUGUUCUAUUCUUUAACACAGGCAUGGAGGAGAGGUAUGUCCCAUCUCCAACGGCUGUCUAUCGUGCAGGCGAUUCGAUUACUGUGAUUGAGGAAAUCGUGUCUGUUGCCAUUGAAGGUUUGAGGUUAUUAGAAUGGUAACAGAUUGAGGUCUUUAUUCAAUUUUGUUGGGAUAAUACUUAUAUGGAAUUUGUUAGAUCUGACAUAAUGAAUUUCAUGUGAAACAGAUUGAUUUUUUUUUUUGGGCUUGUCACUGUUGGUAUGCAAUGCACCAUUUAUCAUAUGUUAGUUUUGACAGGAACUGUGGAUAAGUGUCUUAGAUAUGUUUUGGAAUUUUAGAUGGUUUUGGAAUAGUUAGAAGUUGAAUAGGAUAUAGGUUUUCUUCUUUUCUUUUUUAGUUAGAAGUUGAAUAUGUUGCUUAUAAAUUUUUGAGACACUCUAUAGUUUGUAAAUUAGAUCAGUUAAGU